ACAAAAGAGCGUCACAAUGGAGGACGGAAUGUAAAGCAGAUCUCAAGUGUACAGCAUGUGUGUCAUGGGUUAAUUACAAUGACAGUUUGAAGUGUCACUUUACAUAAUUAUGACAAUCUUUCACAAAGCAGUAAGAAAUGGUUUUACUGUAUGACAAUGGCUAAAUUUAGUACACGCAGUUACAUAUAAUUAGGUUCAUUUAUAGCAGGUGCCCGUUCUCAUAACGGAUGUAGUUAUAGGCAUUUUCUAUCCUGAGUGUUACACUGUGCCAAAAUGACAUCUCAUUCACGGGACUACAACACACGGUCUAUAGACCUCGGAAGUCUAAAGAAGCCAGAACCUUUACAAUUCAAAAUGACGGAUUUUCGUCGUGAUCUGCUAAUACGAAGUAAGCGGGAGCAGCACGCGCGGAAAGAGAGGCUGAGGGCACUCUCGGAGGCAAAGCACCUGUCAAAAAACGCAGUCACCAUCGACACGUCUCGUGGCAGAUCCAACAUGGAAGUCCUCAGGUUGUGCAUAAAGGAACUUGGCUUCAGAGAGUUCCCGUUCGGUCGCCGUGAAAAUUUGACAUGUGACAUCCACUGGCAUGCCUGUAACUUUGACGAGAACCCAGAAGUGUACAAUGGUGCUGUCAACAAGUUUCCAGGAAUGGGAGAUAUCUGCAGCAAAAUGUCUCUGUUCCGAAGUCUGGACACAAUGAAGGAGCUGUUUCCUAAUGACUAUGACUUUUACCCACAUACCUGGUACCUACCUGCUCAGUAUCAUGAGUUUUCCGCAGAAGUGCGCAAACUUCAUGAGAAAAAAGUUAAACCUAGACCAACAUAUAUUGUAAAGCCAGACACAGGGUCUCAGGGUGAUGGAAUAUACCUGAUAAGAGACGUCAACGAGUAUAACCCAAAUAACAGCAAGUCCCAUGUGGUACAGGAAUACAUGAGUAACGUUUACCUCAUUAACAACUAUAAGUUUGACCUGCGGGUUUAUGUGGUGCUUAAAUCCCUGGAGCCUCUUCAGAUCUACAUCUGUAAGGAAGGACUCGCCAGGUUCUCCACAGUGCAAUAUGAAACCCCCACAAAGGGAAAUAUUCAUGAAACUUUUAUGCAUUUAACAAAUUACUCUCUAAACAAACGUAGUGCCACAUUUAAUCGAUCAGAACGGGAGGAUGAUGGGAGCAAACGGACGUUGACCAGUGUGUUGCGUCGCAUUGGAAUCAAUGGUCAUGAUACAGACAAAGUCUGGACUAACAUUGAAAAGUGUGUGUGUAAAACUGUUAUUGCCAUACUGCCAGAACUCAAAGUGGAGUACCAGGCUACUAUCCCACCUAACAAACCGGGACCUCGCUGCUUUCAGAUCCUUGGGUUUGACAUCCUGUUACUAGACAACCUUAAGCCAAUCCUACUGGAGGUGAAUGCGAGCCCCAGUCUCAGUAUUGAUGGCGAACAAGAGGUGUCUCCUGGCGUGUUCGAGUAUGUUACCUGUGCACUUGAUGAAAUGGUGAAGCGCCCCCUAGUGAGAGAUGCUCUUUUGUUGAUGUCACCCCUCAAUAAGUUGAGGUCUGGAUUCAUGAGCAAAAGACGAAAGCGUAAGAGAAAGAAGGGAGGUCACUCCAACGGAAAUGGCUGUCCUGAGCCGGUACAGCAUCAGAGGACACACAUCCUCAUUAUCAAGGCUGACGAGUCUGAUGAGGAGAAGAGGGAGGUGGAUGUCACACAACAGAUGUCAGAACUCAACAACGAACUGGACUUCACCAGACAUGAGAAAGAUGAAGAUGAUUUAUUAGACAGUCACACAGAAGAUGAAAAUUUAAAUGAGGAUGAAAAAUUUGUUAAAAUUUUGGAAAAAUUGUCAAAAGAAAGCUGUCUGAAGCAACUGUAUCCUGCAGUAUACGAUGAGGAAUUUGAGCAUUUAAGGAUUCUGGAACGAGUCGCCAACCUUUUCAUCAGCUUUCUAGGGGUCAGAGGGUCACUGAGGAUUGGGCCAACAGGCUUCCGUACCUUUGCCAGGAAGUGUCGCCUGAGUAGACGGGGCAUCACAAAUGCGGCAGUAGACAUUAUGUAUAUAGACAUGCAGCGACGCUGGGACCACAUGAACCCUGAUAGGACAUCUGCCAUGUCAGAGAAAAAGUCCAAGAGUACCGUAGGAUUGUGUUUCCAAGGCUUUCUUGAUUCAUGCCUGGAGAUUGCACGUAGGAAGUUCCCUAGUCAAUCAAAGAUAGAAAUGUUGGAAACCCUUGUUGACUUUUGUGAAAACAGCCUGAAUCAUCAGGAUGAUGACGGUAAAAUGCCAAACCUUCCGAAACUUCACUUCCGACGUCUCGGCCUGGCAUAUCGCCCAUCAGGGUUUCAAGUGUAUCGCAGGACUACAGACUGUAUGACCGAGGAAACGGUUCAGGAUUUGUACUCAGCAGACAGUCGCUCCACAAAUAACUCAUCUGAUGAGAUUGAAAACUUUCUCCGUCAGCGUAGGAAAAAUGCUUAUCGACCGACAAUGAUGAGAUACAUGACCCGUACCUCACUUGUACAGUCACCAGAAUAGUGCAUUCAUGACAAACCAAAAUAUGAGAAAUAUCAGUGACAAUCAUGUAGGAUCUAUAAGUUGCAUCCUGGGUACUAUCAACAAAAUCCUGGGUACUCUCAACAACAUCCAGGGUUAAUAUUGAACAACAUCCUGGGUACUAUCAACAACAUCCAGGGUUAAUAUUGAACAACAUCCCGGGUUGAACAACAUCCUGGGUACUCUCAACAACAUUCUGGGUACUAUCAACAACAUCCAGGAUUAAUAUUGAACAACAUCCUGGGUUGAACAACAGCCUGGAUACCAUCUUUUUUUUACAUUUUGUGUUUAUAGUGAUAAAUACAGGUGGAUUCUUUCUGUGACAGGGUUGUAUACUUCCUAUUAUGUAGUUGCGAUCUUCCUGUGAUGGGGUUAUGUACUUCCUGUGAUGGGGUUAUGGGGUUAUGUACUUCCUGUGAUGGGGUUAUGGGGUUAUGUACUUCCUGUGAUGGGGAUAUGUACUUCCUGUGACGGGGUUAUGUACUUCCUGUGACAGGGUUAUGUACUUCCUGUGACGGGGUUAUGUACUUCCUGUGACAGGGUUAUGUACUUCCUGUGACAGGGUUAUGUACUUCCUGUGAUGUGAUUGUGUACUUCCUGUGAUGUGAUUGUGUACCCGUGAUGUGGUUUUUCCUUCCUGUGAAAGGGUUUUGUACUUGCUGUUAUGUUCCAUGUCAAGUUUACCUGAAACCUGUGAUGUAGUUGUGCAGUUCCUGUUAGGUGGUUGUGUACCUCUUGUGAUGUGGUUGCCAUGGUUACUCAUCUAUUUUCUGUCUAUCAAAAGUGUAUACAUCCCUCCCCCAAUCAUGUAGAAUACACAAGUAGUUUUGAGUAGCUUUUAGAUAAAGAAUUGCUUAAACACUUGCCAAUCAUUUAAUACACAUAUUUGUGUAGAAGUAUUACUUGUGAUUUGUUGGUGCAAUAUAAUUGGCUCGGUGAUGCUAUUUUACUACAUAAUAAUAAUAAUGCCUACAGUAUUUAUGACUUAGUGUGCUCAUAUUAACAGCCAGCUGAGGUGGGAAGCAUCUUUAUAAGGGAAUAAUAUUUCAAAAUAGGUAAUUAAGAUCAUUUUAUAUAUCUACUUGAAUUAUUCAUCCAGCUAGUAAGUAAUAAUAUUCAUAAAAAGGCCUCAAGUAAGUAUCUGAAUGUCUUUCUGGAUGCGUUCGAAACUUGAUAUACACUCUGUUUUGUUCCUGUAAACAGUGCAUGGUAUACAUUGUUAUAGAGAUGUAUGAUUAUAGACAAACUGAAAAUGCUGUUGAUAUUGUUCUAAUUAGUAAUUUUAAAAGUGCUUUGAAGUAUGUGAUAUAUUCAUUGAACCUGUCCUACUUGUCCUACUGAAACAGAGUCAUAUGUGUUAGAGAGUAUUAUAAAGCUGUUAUUGAUACAGAAAACACAUUUAGUGGGAAAUCCUAUUUGGCUUGUAAUUGAGUGGGACUUAUUUCACUCAUUCGAAUGACACCACAUUAUAUUGUUAGAGAUAUAGGUUAUCUUGGGUGUUUUGCUCAUAUCUGGGGUCAGGGUUGGGAGUGGACUCUGGUGUUGAAAACUUCCUUUUUUAGACCCAAUGUAUACAAGUCAGAAAUAUGAUAAAGAUUAAAGUUAUUGAUAUUUGUGGUUAAACCUUUAAUAUGUUUUAUGUAUUAUUAGGUAUUAGUUGGUAGGAGUGGGGUGCAAAUGGAAGCCUUACUGUUUUGUGAUAUAUCAUAUACGACUCUGGAUCCAUUGAUGACCUAAUACAAUCAGCUUCCCCUCAUCACAUGGAAGGUAGUCCAAUUCUCACUUUUGAUAAUCUAGCACGAAAGUGUAGCUACAUCAGGUUUCAGUUCUUGCAUAUAAAAGUGUUUCUCCAGUGCAACUUCAUUUCUGAAAAAUAGCAAUUGCGACAAGAACAAUCAGAUUUGGGUAUAAUUCUGUGACUUCUGUAAACACAGGUAUUUGUAAGUUAUUUAUUUGUUGUUUAUAUUAACCUGUGAUAUUCCACUGAAAGCUGUGAUAAUGAAUUUUUUUUGUGAUCCACUAGAGACAAUAUCCUUUAAAAAUUUGUUAAUAUUGCAUUUGAUAAAAUAGUUGUGAUGUUGACCAUCGAUACAUGACUUAUUUAUACUGUAAUUGAGUGACCUCGACCUUGGAUACAAGACCUUCAUGUGAUGUCAGUGACCAUGACCUUGGUUAUAGGACGUACUAGUAAUGUGAGUGACCUUGACUUUGAUUACCCGAGAACUAACUUGACUUAGUUCCAUGAUAUACUUGUGACCUUGACCUAUGUGACACCAGAACUUAUUUGACCAUAGUUGCAUGAUCUACAGGUGCUUUGAGUGAACUUGACCUUAGUAACAUUAUCUUAUGGUGAUGUGAGUGACCUUGACCUUAAGUACAUUGUCUACUGGCGAUGUGAGUGACCUUAGUUACAUUAUACACUUGUCACAUUGUGACUUUGACAAUGGAUGAACAAUCUCCUGAUAACCUUGACCUUGGAUACGUGACCUUGGGUUGAUGUGGUUGACUUUGACCUUGGAUACAUAAUUUAAUGGUAUUAUAUAUGUGUCAUAAUUAUCAUGACUAAUACAUUUAUUAAAGCAUUCAAUAUGUUUGAUGAGAACUGUAUACAACUAUGUACAUUCUCAGUCUACAAGGAUGUGUGGGAAAGUAUGUUAACUAUUUAUGACCAACUGUACAUAUGUGUGUAAGUGUGUGUUACCAAUUAUAAAUAUGGGGUUAGACUGUAGAUAUCAAUCACUGUGAUACAUAUGAACCAUGUUGUAUGUUAUAUCACUUGUUUAAGAGAAAUAAGCAGUAUCAUAACUGUUUGUGUGAUGUUAAUAAAAAUAGGAAUUUUGAAAAUCUUCAUUUUAUUGUUCA